UUUCGUGAGUAAGUACUUUUUAUGAGAGACAACCGCUCAUAAGAAUGCCUGAUGAGAUAUUUUGGAUGCUUUGUAUGCUACUUAACGCUGCCUGAGGUCAGCAACCAUAACUAAAGUGAAAGGAGUUCUCAAAAUAACAACAUGAGAACAAAGGAAUGUUCGAUGUUGGAGCGCGCAAUGUAUGACAAAUAGCUAUAUUUACAUUUCAUUGAUCUAAAUUGUAUGAAAAACACCAAAACACAAUUUAGCCAACUUAAGCAUAACGUAGCACAUGCGUAGAAUACGUCAUCGGACUGCGCAGGUUUAACGAAAUUAGUUUUAUCUGUGCAUCGAUGUGUCGUAGAGAUGGCAACACUGGCCCCGUGGUCAGCGGACAGGCAACACGAUAAACUGCUGCGCGUCUAUCCAUGUCAAGAGAGUGCAACUUGGGAUCAAUAUAAAUUAAAAAUGUGGAAUCCUCACUUAAAACAACAUUAUUCGUGAUCAUCCGUAAAUGGUAGUGCCCCGCGGGAACUGUAGCGCGCACUUCGAGCCGCGCCGUGUCGUUUUAUCGCAACCCAUCCUCCAUUGCGAAGGCGAAAUGACGGGGCCUUUUUAGUGAAGUGUCGAGACACUCUCGUUAUGUAGUGAACUGUUUUUUGUACAUUGUUGUGGACGGUCGUCGGAUCGUGUUAUUAUGACACGAUGAUUAGUUUGUGGGUGAUCCUUGUGGUGGCGUGGGGAGCGCGCGGAGAACAGGUGAUGCUUUUGGACACGACCACAGAAGCUACAUUGUCGUGGACGAGGUUUCCUUACGGGCCGCAGGCGAGCACUCCGGGGUGGCUCGAAGAAUCGUACACAAACUUCGAAAAGCAGAUAAACUGGCGAUCGUACGUAGUGUGCGAUGUGGCGCACCACAAUGUUAACAACUGGCUGUGGACGCCGUUCAUAGAGCGACGGAACGCGAAUCGCAUUUACAUUGAGAUAAAGUUCACUAUUCGCGAUUGCUCGUUGUUUCCAGGCAAUGCUCUGAGCUGCAAAGAAACCUUCAGUUUGCUGUACUAUGAAUUCGACGUAGCGACCCGCGAGCAGCCUCCGUGGGAGCCCGAGAGCUACAAGUUGGUCGGCCCUAUCGCCGCUGGCGAAGGGCGGUUUAACACUAAUUCCGAAGUUGACAUAAACACUGAAGUAAAAAGCAUUGCUGUUACCAAAAGAGGUGUCUAUUUCGCCUUCAGAGACAAAGGCGCCUGUAUAUCACUACUUGCCGUCAAAGUGUAUUAUAUAACAUGCCCGGAGACCACUAUAAACUUUGCAAGGUUCCCGGCCACUCCUACUGGAAGGGAAGUCACUGUUAUAGAACAGGCCAAUGGCACCUGUGUGGAGAACGCAGAGACUGCUCCAGGUGAAGCUGCCCCUGUAUAUCUAUGCAAAGGUGACGGCAAGUGGACCCUGCCCAGUGGCUCCUGCAAGUGUCGGGCUGGCUAUGAACCCGACCAUCACAACCAGGAAUGUAAUGAGUGCCAGCCAGGAAAAUUUAAGUCCUACACUGGAGAUGAUCCCUGUGCACCAUGCCCAGACUACUCUGAAACAUUAGCUUAUGCAUCAGUAGAAUGUAAGUGUGUACCUGGAUUUUACAGAGCUAAAAAAGACCCCAAGAAUGUACCAUGCACACAGCCACCUUCAGCACCUGACAAUUUAACUGUUCUAAUUGCUGAUCAGUUUUCCAUAUCUCUCACCUGGAAGCCUCCACACAAAAAUGGAGGACGGAAUGAUGUCACUUACCGGGUAUACUGCACAAACUGUGGCCCAAAUGUUGAGUACCGGCCAGCGGCCACUAGCCUUAAUUCCACAAAGGUUACCAUUAGCAAUUUGGAACCAGUGACCGAAUACAAAUUUCAAGUGUUUGCUGAGAAUGGAGUCACUGAGCUCACUGGUGAACCACCAAAGAAAGCUGAAAUAACUGCUAUCACCGAAGCUUCAGUCAGUGUAGUGACAAAACUUAGGGUCUUAAAUGCUGAGAGUGAUAAAUUGUCUAUCGCUUGGAAUGCACCACCCAUAGAUUCAUCUGAUCCAGAUGACACUAUUGAGAGCUAUGAAGUCAAAUGCUUCCCCAAAGACAAUUCUGAGAAAAGUGGUAAUACAACACUUAAAAUUACGAAAGAGCCUCAUGUGAUUAUAACAGGGUUGAAAAGGGACACGGAAUACGGUAUUAGAGUGAGAGCAAAAAUGAAGAGAGGCUGGGGAGAGUUCAGCAACGUUGUGUACACUAGAACAGGUGCCGUGCAGCAGACAGAGACCAGCUUCGUCGGCGACGAGGAAGGUGCUCAAGUCAGGUUAGUCGCUGGAGUCAUGGUGGCCGUCGUCGUUCUUUCCGUCAUAGCCAUCAUAGCAACUGUUUUAUUUCUGCGCUCACGAGCAGAUGACGAGUGCGACAAGAAACAGCCCAACGACUGCAACGCACUUAACUACAGAAACGGAGAGGUAUACACAGGUCCAGAACGCCCAGCCAAGACUAGCAGCAACGCCACCACUCCUCUCUUCGCCGGCACCGGAUCCAGGACCUACAUAGACCCCCACACAUAUGAAGACCCUAAUCAGGCUGUCAGAGAAUUUGCACGCGAAAUCGACGCUUCUUGUAUAACAAUAGAGGCGAUUAUCGGAGGCGGAGAAUUCGGAGACGUCUGCCGCGGCAAGCUCAAGCUACCAGCUAGCUGCGGACAAGAAAUAGACGUCGCUAUUAAGACACUCAAACCUGGGUCGACAGAGAGAGCUAGGAGAGACUUCCUCGCCGAAGCAUCCAUUAUGGGGCAGUUCGAACACCCUAAUGUUAUUUUCCUGCAAGGCGUCGUGACUAAAUGCAACCCUAUUAUGAUAAUUACUGAAUUUAUGGAAAACGGGUCACUGGACACUUUCCUGCGAGCGAACGACGGAAAAUUCCGCGUGCUGCAGCUAGUCGGUAUGCUGAGAGGUAUAGCUACCGGCAUGCAAUAUUUGUCAGAAAUGAAUUACAUACAUCGCGAUCUUGCGGCGCGAAAUGUACUAGUUAAUUCCCAACUGGUCUGCAAGAUUGCGGACUUCGGUCUCUCGCGCGAAAUCGAGUCGACCGCCGACGGAGCGUACACAACCCGAGGUGGUAAAAUCCCAGUCCGGUGGACUGCUCCAGAGGCCAUCGCAUUUAGAAAAUUCACAUCUGCUAGUGACGUCUGGUCCAUGGGCAUCGUUUGCUGGGAGGUCAUGAGUUUCGGCGAGCGUCCAUAUUGGAACUGGAGCAAUCAGGAUGUCAUAAAAUCUAUAGAGAAAGGUUAUCGCCUCCCGGCGCCUAUGGACUGCCCCGAAGCAGUUUACCAGUUGAUGCUUGACUGCUGGCAAAAGGAACGCACGCAUCGACCUACAUUUUCCAGUAUCGUAAAGACGCUGGACAAGCUCAUACGUUGUCCGGACACGCUACGUAAAAUAGCGCAGAAUCGCUCGGCGGAUCCUCUCGCAGGCGACACACCAGACAUGAUCCAGUUCUCAUCAGUAGAAGAAUGGCUGGAGUGCAUCAAAAUGUCUCGUUACAUAGAAAAGUUCCGAGCGGCGGGCAUAGCGGACAUGGACGCGGUGGUUGACCUGACUGUGCACCAGCUGGCGUCGCUCGGGGUGACCCUUGUGGGCCAUCAAAAGAAAAUCAUGAACAGUGUCCAAAACAUGCGGGCGCAGAUCCGCGUCAGCGGCCCGUACGGUUUUUUGGUGUGAGUGAAAGUGAUCUCGAUUGUUCGAAAUGCAUUAUGUAUAUUUUUCUAAAACUCUCGUAGUGCUAGGGUGAUACUGAUAUGCUAAGAGAAUUUAACUAUUUUGCUGUAUUUAUUUUUCUGGCUUUUACUAUCGGCCUACUCCGGCAACCGUCUUAACCACAACGAAACAGAGCCAUACUUAUUUUAGAACUAUAUCAAGAGACUGGGCCUACUCUCGACUGAACUCUUUUUGUGAUCUUUUAUUUUAAUUUUCAAUUAUUAAUUAUAGUUAUUUUAUGAAUAGCGAAGUACAAUACAAAGUAAGAGCUUGUGUUCUAAAUAUCUAAAACAUAUUAAUCGUAGCUAGAGAAUUUCGCGGUACACAUUUCGAUGUUCGUAUUUGUAUAUUCAUGGUUUUUGAUAUCGAGACAUAGUAUAAAGGUGUUAUGUGUAAGUAGUGUAAUCCCUGUAGAUGAUAUAUGACUUAUUUACUAUAUUAUGUGAUCAAAUUCGAGUACUUAACGUAACUUGCCGUGUGCAUUUAAUUUUGUAAAUAUCUUAUGAUAAGCGCAAAUUCUAAAUGAAUGUGUAUGUCCGCCUUAUGAAACAUUUUUUACUUUUUAUUUUAAGGCAGCUGAAUUUAUUUUAAGCGGUAUAUACACGACACAGUUAGCUCUGUGUGCUCACAGGGUAAAUGUUUCUUGUGUCGACUCAAAUGUCUGCCUUAACAGACGAGCGUUAGGCGAGGGUGUUUAUAUAGACUUAUAAAAAAUGAUGUACAAUAACUGUAUUCCGAAAAGAACAUACAGAAGUAUGACUCGAGUUAAAUAUGGCCUUCCACAGAGAAGGGUACUUAUGCUACAUGUACAUAAGGACCCUUCUUGGAUGGAAAGCCACAAAUUGAUUGUUAUCAUUUUGCUAAGUUAUAGUCUUAAACACUCUUGUCCAUGGUCGCUUAGUUGAUAUAUCAGCUGUAAAUAGUUACUAGUGAUAAUGUUAUACUGCCAACUAGUGUAAGGCUUCUUUGUCAUAGUCAUUGGCUUCGCGAAUGAUGCCGUUAGAGGGCGCCAGAAAACCACCAAAUCCUGGAGAAUAAAAUUCAAAUCUUAGCCGCCUUUGAUGAAAUGAGAGCAAAGGGCCUACAGCGAACCACGUUAGAUGUGUUGCCUCUCUGUCGCACUUGUAAAUUCGUACAUAAGUGUGGCAGGGCAAACGUGGUUCGCGGUAGGCCCUCUUAUUUAUUUAAUCAUAUGGCAAACAUAUUAUAAAAAAAAAUAGAAACAACAUAAUUAAUUAAAUGUCUACACAUAGACCAGUUAGCCACUUCAUGGCUUCGUCGCUCAGGGUGAUCAGGUCUUCGGGAGGACCGGCGACAUAACGCGUUAUAUAGGGCAGUUUUGAAUUAUGUGCUGGAUGGUUUGGGCUUCCGCACCGCAGCUGCAGGCUGGGGAAUCCAACGGUCCACAGCGGUGUUUGUAGUAGGUGACAAUGACAACCAAUGCUACAGGUUGAUAUCGGCAUGCCUCCUCUCAACUCCGCGCCUCCACCUCCUCAGUGUAAAAGACAGCCUUUUUAAGUUUUUUGUCAUACUUAUUUAAAGUCUAACGCAGCUAAGAAGUCAAUCCUGACGGGUAUGAAUUGACCCUUAUUUAUGACACUAAGGCUAAAAGUUAGACGGUAGGUUUUAGCGUCGUAAAUAUAAGGGUCAAUUCAUAGCUGUCAAAACUGACUUCUUAACUACAGCUAAGACUGUAAAUUAUCUAUGCUACAUUUACUUCAUUCAGAUGUGAUGAGUUCAUACUUUUAAGAUAUAAUUUUGUAAUGAGUGAAUUAUUUAAUCAUUCAUGUAUGGCUAAUGCUUGAUUCGGAUGUGAUAGAAUUUCUUAUCAUUCAUCUAAUCUUGAUUGCUUAUUGAUUAACUUUGUACUGUUGUAAAAUUUCACAUGAAAAUAAUUUACCUACUUGUGUCACUUAGAUGUUCUCUCAUUCUACAAUCGUUAGUUUGAAUUUCGAAUGCGGUUAAGACUUAAAAAAUUACCACACAUAUAAGAGAUGUAUUAAAUCUACUUUUUUGAAAUAUUAUGGUAUUUGUGGUUGCUAGCGCCCUCUAUCGGUAUUUCUCUGCUAACUCAAGGCUGCUGCGAGUUUUUUUUUUUAUAUAUGCUAUGCGAAUUAUGUAUGCUAUGUUCGAAGCGCCGGACAUAUAUACUGGAUUGAAAGAUAUACAGUCUAAAAGUUUAAAUAUUUUGAUAAAGAAAGUAGUAUUUCUUUAUUAAAUUAAAUUUAGUAUUAUGUUCUCAUAAACGGCCGUACUUUUCUCUAACUAAUAUUUCCUCUCUUCCCAUAACUGGUAUCUGGUAUACAUGAGUGCGAAUUGCGAAUAUAAUAAUUUUUGGGUGUCAAUUAGUGCCUAAAAUAAAGUCCUCAGAAUGACAAUCAAUUGAAAUUGUAUACUUAUGAAUCUUAUGAUCCGUAAAUAAUUCAGCUUGUAUUCAUAUAAAGAUGGAGUGUCUGUAUAUCUUCAAAUCUAGUUUUGUUUUCAUUAGCUCUUGGAAAGUAGACCCUAUACUAAGAUGAAACGCAAUUAAUUAUAUUAUUAUACUCAAACACACCCACUUUGUCAAUAGAAAAAGGCGCGAAAUUCAAAUUUUUUAUGGGAAGUUAAACUCUUUGGGUAAAGGCCUCCCCUCCUCGCCCUACCUGGCCCUAUCCAAUGCACACUCCUGCCACUCUUUACGAAAUGUAUCAAGGUCCUCCCGCCUCCGUUUUGGUAUUCCACUGCCCCGAGAUCCAUUUUUUUGCCGCCUUUUUCUACUGACAAAGUGGUUGUGCCAGAGUAUAUUUUAUAGCAACACGGUGCUUGCUUGUUUAGUGUUAGUGAGCUUAAAACUUCAAUUUCAACACCGGGAUUGAAUAGAACUAUGCUCACUGCACAGAUUUUGCAGUGUCAGAAUGUGAAAGUGUUCCUAUUAAUAUAUAGUAUUAGUGGCACUGUCACACUUUGUCGUGUAAAAACUAUGCAGAAUCAGCUUAAACGUACUCUUAAGAACAUAGUGGAUGGCCGCUGAUUCAUACUAACAUAGUGAAAAGCCAAUUCUAUAUAAUGUUUAUAAAGCUCCUAUCUCUUAUAAAAAAACUGAAAAAAAGCAAUCAAAGGGGCAUAGCUGUAGUUAAUAUACAUAGAAUUUCAUUUUUAUUUUGAUAAUAUUCAUAUUCAGGGAGGAAAACGGGGACUACGUUUGUAUGGUAUUGCGAUUUCGGGCGGUUUUCCACUCUCCUCUAUUUAUAGAUUUGUGAGAUUAAACAGGACUUGGCGGUAAAUAUACAUACUUUGAAGACAUUUUACUGACAUACGCUGGCGUUUGGCAACUAGCACUACAAAAUGUAUGGCUCCAUUUUGAAGUUUAGUUUGCUAUACAGGCAAGCACCGUUUGACUUAAGUAGUCGAAACCGCUAGAAAUUUUGUUCAUGAUAAAACUCGACCUUAAAGACUACUAUAUACCUACUAUACCUCUUGCGUCGAAUGAUGGUUCCUAUGACAGUGUGAGGGAGAGGAAGGCGGAUGUGCCUAAAUAAAUAAAAAAUUUAGUCACAUCUGAAAAUAUUUAUACGGACAAAGUGCCAAAAUUAUGUAUACACUACCUUAAUAUAUGGGAAAUAAAGUCGUGUACAUAUUCUUGACACGUUGUCCGAAUUGAUAUUUUCAGACGUCCCGGUACUUGCAGUUGUUACCAAAACAGUACAACCGCCAUUCUGACUGUCAGGACAAAUUAGGUACCAAAAAUAUGGUAUGCUUUUUGUUAUUUUAUUUUUUUUAUUUAGGCCAUCCUGACUAUCACAUGAUAGUUCCUUCAAGCCUCUUUUAUUUUAUUUAAUAUGGUAAAUAAUUGAAGAAAUAUAAUUUUUACCGUAUUUUUUUUGUUACAUUUCUAAUUAAGUUAAAUAUGCUAAACAGCUACUCCAUACAAAAAUGAACUGUCAUAGGCACGAUCAUUCGACGCGUCAGGUAUACCUAAUUGUAUUUAAUAUGAUUUAGAUUACAGUCGAUGUUACUCAUGUUACUCCAUAAUGACAAUUAUUUUUAUAUAUAAAUGGAUAAUUUAGUUUAAAAAAAAGUUUAUUUUUGAGAUUCAGUUUUUUUUUUGGUUACUCAUGAAAAGUACAUGUUUGUGGCGUUGGCUGUCAUUUAAAUAUAAUUUAAAUGUUAUAAUUGCAUUUAUGUUGAUUGUAUUGUAAACUCGCAAUAAUAAUGCUCAAUAUGUCACAAUCACUGUUUUGAAAUGCUCAGUAUUUGUAAAAUAUCACCAGAAAUUCCAACAGACCUACGAGAGACCACUGUUAAUAGCCUGACAAGAUAAUAUUAGGCCCCGAGAUAAUUUCGCUACAAAGAGAAUAAAUAAUAUCAAUCUAGUGGUUUAUUUAAUGUGUGAAUUCUUUCAUGGUCUGUUGUCAAAGUACUCCUUGCCAGUAAAAUACCAGUGCCACUGAAAAUCCUCAACAUCCAAAAAGCCCAAAGCAAGGCCAAAAAGAAUCUUGUCACGCUGCUCAUAGGGCCUACCGCGAAUCGCGUUCGACGUGUUGCAUCCCUGUCACACGUACCAAAUUACAAGUGCUACAGAGAGGCAACACAUUGAACGGUAGGCCCUCUGAGCUAUUCAAGAUGAAAAAUUGUGGCUUUCCAUCAGAGAAUGCUUGAUGUGCACCGUUUUCUGGCGGAAAGACACAAUUAGUCAAGUUGGUAUAUUUUAAAAGCUUCGUGAUUUUCAAAUAAUUAGAAAAAACGGCUAAAAUUAUAUCUUAGAGUCACCUUAAUUUCUGGUUAUGUCUUACAUUUAAAUGAUAAUUUAAACCAUAAUUAUAAUAUAUGUACACUAAUCAUCAAUCAGCUACGAAGACUGCCAUACUUAUUAAACAAGACUAAUUUAAACUUUUUAAAUGUGCUUAUAUUGUUUUGAGAUUACGUCGUAGUAAUAUGAUGUAUGCAUAGGCACAAUUACAUUAAUCUGAUUAAUUUUAAAAUCAGUCGUAAGCCUGUUACGAAUAUUAUUUAUAUUUUACAGCAUGCAGAUAAAUGUAUUUGUGCUCUAAUUUUGUAUUGAUUCGAUUUAUCUUUUCUAUAAUACUGUAACCUGUAAAUAAUGUGAUUGUCUCAAAUUUUUAUUAUACUAAAUACAAUGACAUAGCAAUAAUUAAAUAAUAAAUAUAUCUAUAAAGAAAUAUUAUGUAACAUUAUGCAUAAACAAUUCCAUGACUUCGAUGUAACCUACCGCGCACACCUGAUUAGAGUGACAUAGAAAGUUGCUCGAAAUUUAGGAACUUGGAUUGUCGCGUAUAUAUAUAGAGCCCUAAGGUCCGCCAACAUCGAAAAUAUCUGCCUCUAUUUCUCUUGAAAAUUCGAGCGACAAAGCGGCAUAACAUUUUUGAUGUCGGCGGUAGGCUCUCUGUAGCCACCUACGCAGUGCUUGUUCACCGUUAGGGUACUUCAUUAGUCAAUUUUGGAACGACAUAAACGUAUGAACAUGGAAUUGUCCGUGUGUAGUCCAAGGCGAGGAUGCUUAGCGAGGGAUGUGUUUUUAAGGACCAAUAGAAACCCUGCACGCUGAGCGAGGAAAACAAAUGAAGUGAUUCUAUUGGUCUUUAACACAUCACUCGCUACGCAUUCUCGCACAUCUCUGGUCGAAACGCAGCCUAAAGAAAGUAAAUUAAAAUCUAAUCGCACUUCUACUGCCAGCACGAUAAACUCAUACACAUAUCCCCUUCAUACACCAAUUAAACAUAUUUUCACUCCGUUACAUCGACUAGUAUAUAAUAUAUCACUUGUAUUCUACAACUAUAAUUUUCACGUCUUCCAUUUUUCGGUUUUACUUAUAAAAAUACCGUCUUUAUUUUAGUUUUUUACUCCUUUCUAGUCUUCGGUAGCUAUUUUUUUUACUACAAUGAACAAGCUAUUUUAUAAUGUUAUGCGCUUGCGUAAGUCUCACACUAAAACAUUUAUUUCUCAUUAAAGACAAAAGUUAAACAUUCCCAUAUAAAAUUCAAUCAAAUCGAGGGCUAAUAUUUCGGGCCACACUUCUAGAUGGCGCUGUCGACCGUCGGCAAACAUUUAAAAUAGGAUGCAAUCAUUGGCAGUUAUUUAUGUUAUGUUUAGUUAGUAAUUGUUUAUUUUAUUUAGUUACAGUAUUGUAAUGAUACACUACAGUAGUAAUUAUAAUUUCUUGCGUAAAAAAUA